CACCCCACAUUUAUUUAGCCGUACCUGCCCACUCCGAGCCCUAGAUAGCUCCCACCAAAAAAAACCACUUUCUAACGACUGCGACUUUGGACAUCCCGAGCCAACUUCAAGCAUCUCAUCGCCCAUCCACAAUCCGAACCGACGUCUUGACGUUCAAUAACCGCCAAGAUGCUCAUCCCGAAGGCCGAUCGCAAGAAGAUCCACGAGUACCUCUUCCGAGAGGGCGUGAUGGUUGCCCAGAAGGACUACAACCUGCCCAAGCACCCCGAUGUCGACACCAAGAACCUCUUCGUCAUCAAGGCCUGCCAAUCUCUGACCUCGCGCGGCUACGUCAAGACGCAAUUCUCGUGGCAAUACUACUACUACACUCUCACCCCCGAGGGUCUCGACUACCUCCGAGAAUGGCUUCACCUCCCCGCCGAGAUCGUCCCUGCCACACACAUUAAGCAGCAACGAUCGCACGCUCCUCCCCGUGGCAUGAUGGGCGGCGAAGGUGAGCGCGAGCGCAGACCUUUUGGCCGUGGACGUGGUGGCGACCGUGGAGACCGUGGCGACAGAGAGGGUGGCUACCGUAGACGUGAUGCUGGCGAGGGCAAGGAGGGCGGUGCCCCUGGCGAGUUCAACCCCCAAUUCCGUGGUGGAUUUGGCCGUGGCCGUGGCGCUCCUACCUCUUAAUGGAGUUCGCAUCAGCCCGAUCUUACGAAAAAUUCCUUCGGCGACGCAUAUGGCAGCAUGCACGGCAUCAGGCAUGUACUCUAGGGAAUGGAGCACCCGCAUAGCCGCGCUUCUGUUCGCGUGAUAGAGAAACUCGUGGUGGGGAAUCUCGGAUGCACUGGUGGAGUUAUUAAGGCUUCGGAAACUGCCAUCUGCGAAUUAAGGGACAUGCUUUGCAGCUAAAAAAGAAACUUUUAUCUGAAUAGAUUCCAAUAUCUGUGUGCCCAGUGACCUCUGCCAGCUACUAUGAGCAGAAUUCGGGGGCCUUUGGAUUCUCGUGCACCGACAAGGCCCAUCUAGUAACCCAGUGGCAGUGGGCAAGACUACGCAUCCGGGUACUGGCUCAAGAACCUGGGUUGCAAAUGUGCCGUGUCGAGUAUGCAGCUUGCGUGUUUACUUACCUAGGCUUGGUAUGAAAUGAGACUUACUUUUUCAUAUAGCGUC